AUGAUCAUGUUUCGUAGAGAUGUAACAGGGUGUCACUCUCUUCGGUGUCUCAGACCUGAGACUCUUCAGCAGAGCCUGAUUGGAGGGGAGGACGAAGUGGGGGUGGAGAAAGCCGGGAGCCGCAGACGCACAGCGCCCGGGGCCUGCCCGCCGGAUGGGGGCUGCUCCGGCCUAGCGCACGCAGCUGCCUCAGCACAGGCUCCGCCAGCCCCGCCAGCACGGCCAGGCGCAGAGGAAACGCGACUGCCACGGCGCCGCCGCGGCGGGGGGCGAGAGCGCGGGGAAAGGGCCCCUACUCACCCGGGCCGCCGCCGCCGCCGCCGCCUCGGCGGCCCAUCCCUGCGGCGGGGGCCUGUCGCCGCGCCGCGUCGCUCCAGUCCCCACCGCCCGCCGGGCCGGCCCCUCCCCCUGCCCAACGUCUGCGCUCUGGGCCGCUCCUCAGACCCGGCCUCGGCCGCCGCCGCCGCAGCGCUACGUGGCCGCCGCUCCGACGUCUCGCGACUCCCUUCCGAGCGCGCGAGGCCGAGCGGGGCCGCGGGGCGGGCGGCGGGGGAGGGGGGUGCGCUGGAGGGAUGUGUGCGCGAGGGGGCAGGGAGGCCGGCGGGAGCGCGCCCGCGCGCGCGUACCCGCGCCCCCGCGCUCGCGCCCCCCUUCCCCCCGCGCGGUCGGGAUCCCGACACCUCCCCCCCCCCCCCCCCGCCCCAUCCCCGGCUGUGGGGUCGGCGCGCAUGCGCGGCCCUCGGCUCGGCCUGGGCGCACCUUUUCUCCCUCCUGCCACAGUGUGAACGCUCAGCCGCGCAGAUAACCGCCGGCUGCCUGCUCCACCCCCGGCCCGCGCCCACUCCGCCCACUCCCGAGCGCCCAGGUUUCUCCACCCAAACAAGCUGUGGGCCUUGGCUGCUCCAGUGGCUGCCUCUCAGUGCACAUCCUCCCAUGUUUAAUGAGAAGCAACAGAAAAGAAAAGAAGAAGCUCCAUCAAGUCCUACAGUGACUCGUCCCUGUGCUGUGCUCUAAGAGACUCUGAAAUGCUCUCACAUUUACGCCCUGCCUGGGGAACCAAGACUCAGGCAAGUUAUGCAGCUGGACAAUAUCAGGGUGCUGACUUCAGGCAUGGAGAACAACGUGGUGCCUUCAGGAUCGUGCUAUGUGAACAUCUCGUUAGCAUUCCUCCCAGCAAGGCCCUCUCUGUGAGAUGAAGAGAUGAGGAGGGAAAGCUAAGCUCUGUAGGACCAUGGUGGGAGCACAGCAGGACUUGGAGAAGCCAGGGGCACCGCUCUGGUGGGCUCUUCACUGCGUUGUCUUCAUCAGUAUCCAUCCUCCCUGGUCAAGCAUGGCCCCCACUCCAUAGCGGGAGGCCCAU